AGACAGUCGCUCUUUGCUCCACACCUUAUCACGCGUGCUUUCGUACGUGUGGCAGCGUUGUCGUGUCAUCUAACUCCAGCAGCAAACUCCAGAUCUCCCACUCGCCGAAGUCUUAUUUCUUCCUUUCGCGACUGAACGCCAGACGGCUGCCAGCAUGAGCUCGGACUCUGGAGAGGAAUUUAAUAUGAGUGCGAGCGAGGUAUCUGAUGAAUACUCGGAUGAUUCGUGCCAGCCAAGGUUCCCCGUCACGAAGGCGAAGUCUACAACCAAACCUUCGGUCACGUCAUCAAGCUCGAAAGCAACGACUAAACUAAAGACCGGAAAAGCCUCGGGCCAAAGGGGCCCCGGAAACAAGAAGAAACCUCUCAAGGCCGUCGAGAACGUCACCGAUGAUGAGUCAGAAUCGGGUGGCGGUAGUGACUCGGAGUCUUCAAUUGUCGUAUCGGAGCCUAAAUCCACGUUACCGAAGAAGAAUGACAACGUUGACGCGUCUGAAAUGUAUCAAAAGAUGACACCUGUUGAGCACAUUCUCAAACGACCGGAUUCGUAUAUCGGGAGUGUCGAGACUCGUGUGGAGAACAUGUGGGUAUUUAACAAAAGCACGAAGAAACUAGAAUUUCGACAAAUAUGUUAUGUUCCCGGGUUCUACAAGAUUUUUGAUGAGAUCAUCGUGAACGCAGCGGACAACAAGAUUAACGAUCCUACCAUGAACGCGAUCAAAAUAACUAUCGACCUUGAUGAUCCAGCGGCUCCCGAGAUCUCUGUUUGGAACAAUGGUUGUGGCAUUCCAAUUGAGAUGCAUAAGAAGGAGAAAGUCUGGAUCCCAUCUAUGAUCUUUGGUCAACUCCUCACUUCGUCGCACUACGAUGACAACGAGAAACGACUCACGGGUGGCCGUAACGGUUAUGGCGCUAAGCUUACCAAUAUUUAUUCUACGACAUUCACUGUCGAAACUGCCGACAAACAGACUGGGCAGAAAUUUAAACAGACUUGGAAAAGCAACAUGAGCAAGGAAGGGGACGCCAAGAUCACAUCCAAUCCAAAGGGCGAAGAAUACACCAAAGUCACGUUCAAGCCAGACCUAAAACGAUUCGGCAUGGCGGGCAUUGAUGAAGACACGGAGGCUCUUCUUCUCAAACGCGUUUAUGACUUAGCUGGGACCGUCGAUGGCAUCGCUGUUACUCUCAACAAGGAAAAGAUCAAAGUCAAGGACUUCAAGUCUUACGUUGGCAUGUAUGUCGCUGCGGCAGCUGAAGCCGUAGUGGGGGGAUCAGACGGCGGGGCACCUCUGAAACCUACCAUUGUUUAUGAACAAACUCCUCGGUGGGAGUACGCAUUUGUUCUCUCAGACUCUGGCGCCUUCCAGCAAGUAUCUUUCGUCAACUCUAUCGCCACGACCAAGGGCGGCACCCAUGUCCACCUUAUUGCAGACCAAAUAUGCAAGAAACUGCUGAUCGAUAUCGAGAAGAAGAACAAGGCUGCCAAAGUGAAGGCUCAACAAAUUAAAAAUCAUAUGUGGAUAUUCGUCAAGGCUUUAGUCGAGAAUCCGACCUUCGACAGUCAGACCAAAGAGAGUUUGACCCUAACUGCCAAUAAAUUUGGCAGCAAACCUUCAGUGACCGAUGAGUUCAUCAAAAAGGUUGCAAAGUCCGAAAUUAUCAUGCGGGUGCUCAAUUGGGCAAAGUUCAAAGCGGACCAAAUGUUGGCUAAAACAGACGGCACGAAAAGGACUAGGAUGACCGGAAUGGCAAAACUUUCCGACGCUAACAAUGCCGGGGGCAAGAGAUCAGAUCAAUGCACUCUGAUCCUCACCGAAGGUGACUCCGCCAAAGCACUUGCUGAGGCUGGUCUCGGUGUCCCGCUCAAUAUCUCGAAAAAUGCCGAACUUCAGAAUAUCAAGAAGAUCAUGGGUUUGCAACAUGCCAAAAAAUACGACAAUGUUAAAUCGCUUCGAUAUGGUAGUCUGAUGAUCAUGACUGAUCAGGAUCAUGACGGCUCUCACAUUAAAGGGCUUCUUAUCAACUUCUUCGACCAUUAUUACCCCUCUCUGCUCAAGGUUCCCUCUUUCCUUGUGGAGUUUGUAACUCCGAUCGUGAGGGUCACAAAAGGCAAAGAAAAGCGCAAUUUUUUCACUAUUCCCGAGUACCUGGAGUGGAAUGAGAAACACAACAAGGAUGGGAAAUGGUCUGCUAAGUACUACAAGGGGUUGGGCACUAGCACAAAUGAGGACGCGAAGGAGUACUUUUCCAACAUGGCCACUCAUAUGAUUCCGUUCGCUACACUAAAGGACCCUGAACGAGAGCUCAUAGACAUGGCAUUCAACAAAACAAAAGCGGAGAACCGGAAGGAAUGGCUUCGGAAAUUCAAGCCUGGGACGUACAUAGAUCACAACGUCGACGAGAUAACCUAUGAUGACUUUAUCAAUCAGGAGCUCAUUCAAUACUCUGUGGCUGACAACACGCGAUCUAUUCCCUCUGUUGUGGAUGGUCUCAAGCCCAGUCAACGCAAGAUUCUUUUCGGUUGUUUCAAACGGAAGUUGAAGGAGCAGAUAAAGGUGGCGCAACUAGUGGGGUACAUCUCGGAGAAAACCGCAUAUCAUCACGGCGAACAGUCACUCGCAACGUCUAUAAUUGGACUCGCACAAGACUUUGUUGGCUCGAAUAACGUCAAUCUGCUCUCCCCCGAUGGCCAAUACGGCACUCGCUUUAAUGGAGGCAAGGACGCGGCGUCUCCCCGUUAUAUUUUCACUCAUUUACCACCAAUCACUCGUGCUAUGUUCCACGCCCGAGACGACCCCCUCCUCAAUUAUCUUGUCGAUGAUGGUGAUCCAGUAGAACCUGAGUGGUAUGUACCUGUGGUCCCUAAUGUGCUUAUCAAUGGCGCGGAAGGCAUUGGUACUGGGUGGAGUACCAGUAUUCCGAGCUAUAAUCCAUACGAUAUCGUGGCCAAUAUUAGACGCCUAAUGCGGGACGAACCACAAGUCCCCAUGGUUCCAUGGUUCCGCGGCUUCAAGGGCACAAUGACAGGUGGUGACGGUAAAUUUACAGUCACCGGAGUUAUCAACCAGAUCAGCGAUACUUCCGUCGAGAUCACUGAGCUUCCUAUCCAUCGCUGGACUGAGGGUUACAAGGAGUUCCUCGAAAGCUGUAUGGUUUCCGGGGAGGGGAAGACGAAAGCUGGUAAAGUUCAAGAACGCUUCGUUCAGGACUAUACCGAGCAUCAUGCGGGCGGACAUGUUCAUUUCAUCAUCAAUAUGACUGCUCAUCAUCUGAAAGAGAUGGAAGCGGACUUGGUCUCUCGAUUCAAGCUGAGCACAACAGUCAAUACCUCCAACAUGGUGUGUUUCGACCCCGAUGGGUCCCUCAAGAAGUACGCUUCUCCCGAAGAAAUAUUGGACGAGUUUUAUGCCGUUCGCUUACAGUUUUACCAAAAGCGCAAAGCCUACACCGUGAAUGAACUGCAGACACAGGCAGAAAAGUUGAAUAACCAAGCCCGUUUCGUUCAAAUGAUUAUCGACAAGCAGCUUGUCGUUUCUAAUCGCAAGAAGGCUGAUAUCGGUUUCCCAGGCGAAGGAGGCUGGGGAGACCGAGGGGCUCAAGAUGAUGAUGAUGAAGGAUCAUCCAAUAAUCUUGACAAUUUCGAUUAUCUGUUAGGGAUGGCCAUCUGGAGUUUAACGAAAGAAAAGGUGGAGAAAUUGAAGAGGGAGCGGGAGGCCAAAGAAGCAGAGUUGGAAGCGUUCGUGAAACUUACCCCCAACCAACUCUGGGAUGCUGACUUAGAAGAGUUCCUGAGGCAAUGGCAGGCCGUCUUGGACCGUGACGAGGGGCUAGAACGCGCAGCUGGUCGGAGCACCAAGGGGAAGAAACAAACUCUGAAGACUCGCAAGUCAUUGGGUUCCAGCAAGCCCGGCAAGCGCAAAGACUGGGACGACGAUGACUUCAAUGACGGAGGGGGACGGUCCAAAGCUGCCGUGAAGCCGAAGGCCCAGUCGGCCAAGCCGAAUUUGGAGCGGAUGUCCAAGCCCUCAAACGAUGUCGAUCUUGUUCCGGACUCUGGAGCAACUUCCAAGCAAUCAGCCAACGUUAAUGAACUCUCUGAUGACGAACUGAGCCGGGUCCCUGCGAAAAUGACAUCGCAUAUGAAGCCCAAGUCGCCGCCAAAGAAAGCGCCAACUCGCUCUAAACCAGCAACCAAGCGAAAAUCUGCCGAGUUUGACGCGGAGGACCAAGAUGAAGACGAGAAAUACAUCAAGCGGGGAAAGAAGACUAAGGUUGCGCCCAAAUCAUCGAUCACAGACUUUUUUGGCGCUGUUCCCUCCGAAGGCAUCGAUCGGGCGAGGACCGAACCAAACGCGUCUUCCUUCAAACCCCUUCAAAGGAAGCCUCCGUUUGACGAUGAGGACACUGCUGUGUUAUCCGACUCAUUGCCUUCACCACCUCCCGCCGCGAAGCGUCCAGUGCGUGCAGCAGCCUCCAAGAAGAAAAUCAUGUCCUCAGACUCAGAUGACGGAGAAGAUUCUGACUUCCAAAUUCUCGAGUAGAUCACAGUUCUCUUUCUAGUCUUUACGACAUUAUCCUUACUACUUGUACCCUUAAUCCCACCUUUCUUUUGCUUUUUCGCACACCAGUCGCAAUCUGUAUCGCAAGUAUGCCAGGAGACAGCUAACGGGAUAACGGAGUUAAGGUUUAAUUCCGCC